AAUCAUUUGGAAGAGGGGGGCCUCCUGCUUUAGGUCUCCACCAGACCCUCUCAGGGAAUGCAGCUGCCCUAUAAUAUUAACUGAGCUAUGGAGGUGUUAGUGUACAUUUAUCUGAAGUAUAAAUAAUGCGCUUUCACCUAAGAGAAAGGUAUAUUUUUAGCAUGUAUUUUCCCUUAUUGAAUUGAUCUGUCAAACAUGUGGGUGCACAUUCUUUAGCAGAACAUUUAGUAAAUAUACAGCAGGCAUUCAGAUUAGAUAAAUCAUACUUAAAGCAUUGUUUAUCCUCCUUUGAUGUCACUUGGGUGUGGGUUGUCUCCUUGAGAAUCAAUUAUCCCAAUGAUCUCCAGAAUAUACUUGAGGGUGGGCUAAAGUGAACGAUGCCGUGGAUGCAAUAUCGGCUCUGCCAUAUAGAAUGGAUGGUUCAAGUUAGAAAUUAAAAUCCCACCGACCCUAUUGUCCACUUCCAGACUGAAACAGCUUCUGCCUCAAAGUUCCCUGUCAGUACCAAUGUUCAUUUAUACGGUCCCCGAGGAAUUUGUGUUUCCAUAGGAACAGAGUUAACCAUCACAUCACUUUAGAAAUGAAAUCCAGGUCUAUCCACGCUGUAGAACAUUCUGCCACUGAGUGCACAUUCUCUGCCUGGUUUUUCAAAUCUCAACGCAAACACAGCUUGAAACCUCACAGACUCCUCCUCGCUACACAUGCACAUGCAGGCAACAGAUCAUCCCUGUGGAUUAAGGAUGUCCCUGGCAUGUAUAAACGCAGCGUGACAGCCUGGCUGUGAUAGGGUUACAGAUGUGUGCUAUUGUUGCCCCUUAAACAAGUGGCACAACCUGUCACGCAAACAAAAAGAAAACCCAAUCUGUCUGAUCAUUGUUUGUCAGCUUUUAGGGCUUGGGAAAUUAUGUCUCUGAACAUAGACUUCAAGCACUUGCUUGGCAGCAUGGAUUAAAGAGAGCCCUGCGAUCAACAGCCAAGCUACACACUGCCAUUGCAUAUACAGAAAGCAGUAGGAGAAUGCUAAACUCAACUGGGGUUACCUGUCAAUAGCAUCAACUAGAUCGCCAGUUCCACCAAGUACCGACACCAUGGAUCUCUCUUUCAUGGCUGCACAGCUUCCUGUAAUGGGAGGAGCUUUUAUGGAUUCGCCUAAUGAUGACUUUGCAACAGAAUACUCCUUAUUUAACUCAUCAGCUAAUGUGCAUGCAGCUGCGUCAGUUCAGAACCAACCAGAAGAGCCACCUCGCUCCUCAAAUGACGCCAUUUUGUUAUGGAUUGCAAUAAUUGCCACAAUUGGUAAUAUUGUCGUUGUUGGAGUGGUGUAUGCCUUCACCUUCUAAGAAGACAAAAAACUACAGACAUAUGCCAUGUGAAGGCAUAAACAGUAUUUUUUUUAUUAAUGUGCCCAUGAUGUUUAUUAUUUAAGUGCUGUCCAGCCUAAAACAAAACAGUAUUAAACAUUUAGGAAAUGGAGAGAUGUAACACAGUGAAAAAUAAGGUAAAGUGCUUCUCGGUUGCAUUUACUUUGUUGGCAAACAGCGUGUACACCCCUGCAUCAUCGACAGAAAUUGAUCUACUAAAAAGAAAAAUAUAUAUCCUAGAGUUUGCUGUAUAUAUGCUCAUUGUUUCUACUGUCAACAUAAUUUUAUAACCUUGUACUAUUGAAGUUUCAUGGAAAGAAAAGUGUGAGAAGUGAUAACCUAGAACCAAUAUAUUUUGUGUGUUUAUAGAUUUUAAUGAGCAAGACGUCCAGCUGUACGAAGAAGAAAAGAACAUGUGUACAGGUCUAAUUAGUUGAUUACACAGCACUUGGAAAUAUGUUAUGGUAAAUACAGGGUAUGAAAUGUAAUAACUUAACCCUUGUAUUAAGCCAUGGCAAUGCAGUGAAACAGAUGUACACAUUAACAAGGGCUUUGUAUCUGGAGAAUGUUUCUUUUUAUUUUCUUAUUUUUAUGUUCAUAAUUGUUUAGUAGACAGAGAUGAAGUAUUUUGCUUCAUGAUGACUAGCCAUUUCACUUGGAUUUAUGGAUUUACUUUGACGUGAUUUCACCUUGGCGGAAGAAACUCAGGAUUUCACUUUUUUGGUUAUUAUUCAGGAUGCGAUUCCCAAAACUCCUCAUUUUGGGAAUCGGCAGAAUGCUGAAUCCUUGGUAAAAGAUUCAUCCAAAUUCUAAUCCAAACCUGAACCCCAAUUUGCAAAUUUAAAUUUGAGCUUAUCCCGAACAAUUUAAAAAAUCUAAAAUAAUAAUGUGGUAUCCAGUGCUUUAAAGCUAUAUGAGUUUAAGGGUUCAGAUUCAGUCUGGCUUAGGUCUAAUUUGCCUAAAAUUGAAUCCUACUAAAAGUGUUGGGAUUCAGUUCAGUCCUAAAACCAAUCCUGAAUUUGGUGCAUCCCUAUUUAUGAAACAGAUACUGUAUACUCUGGGCUUUAUUUUAUUCUAGCUUAUGUAUACCAAAGAUUCUCCUUUAUAAAAAUAGCACUGAACUAUCAGAACACAUAGUAACAUGUCAGGCUCCACUUCACAUGAUAAAAUCAACAGAUGGCUGUACAUGGGCUGGUAUUGGCUGCCAACUUUUGUUUGAUAAACUAAAGAGCCCCUGUCUUACAUUGGAGGUACCAAUUUCAGUUUUUAUCUACCAAAGCCAAUAUCAUUCAGAAUUCUUAAUAUCCAUUGUUUAUAAAGACUUUCAUCAAGUCACUCCCUUAGUCAAUGGAGAUUACAAAAUAAUUUUCCUAUCAUAUUCACAACGGAAAGGUCAAUUUCAUUAAGAGCAUGAAAUGAGAAGUGGAAGGAAAAUGUUCUCCAAAAUAUAGAUGGAUGGUCAAAUCUUUAUGUAAUAAGACUUUCUAGUGUAUAGUAUUUGAUGUGCAACAUACUUUCCUUAUAACUUUUCUGUAUAAAGAGGAAAUAAACCAUUCAUACAUAGAAUUUAGCAUUUCUGUAAUUUCCCCAUGAAUACAAAGUAAAAUUUAAGGCUUUAGAAAACUUCUUUACAUCAUCUGUAUAUAUACAUAAUAAAUAUAUACGCAAGACUUUGCAUUGUAUGAUUCCGUUUAAACCUGGGGGAAUAUGUUGAGGGACGUUGUAAAGUAGCUUCAAGUACAAAAAACAUUACUUUUGAAAGAAAUAACUGAAAAUGAAUUCUGCAUAUUUAUCUUGCUACAUUAUUUACUGUCCAUUUACAGAAUUAAUGUUAAUGCUACUUAUUAAGUUUAUAUAUAUAUACAUUUAAGAUGUUUAAUUAAUAGUAUAACUUU